CUGAGCCAAACCACCUUAAACCGUUUUACCUUCUUUCUCUUAUCCCUGCCCUCUUCGGCCCAAUAGCAAGAGGAGCACCAAACUCUCUUGGCGGCCCAACGGCCACAACGCAAGCCGCUUGCCGCCAGUGCAGCUGCACCUUAACUGUCUCGUCUAGACAUGCCCCCCCUAUUAUUAGCUCUCAUAAUUUCCCCUUAGUCUCCCGCGUUUAAGGUUUUAGGUUCGCGAAAUCAUGCCGUUCGGAUAACACACGCGGCGCUCCAACCAAGACCGCCAGCUUCCAGCUUGGGGUGGCCACUCCCAGUGAUAGGGACCGAAUCAUGUCCGUGACUUGAGGCGUGGGCGUAGGCCAUCAGUCGUCGGCUUUGGCGAGGCGGAGGCAAAACACCUGCAUGUUACACCUCGUUCCCUGGGUAUAUAGGAGAAGAAAAGAAGAGUACGCAAUGCAAUGGGGCCCAAAGCUGGGCCUUUACAGGCGGGUUGAUUCGAAUCUUUGGCUGGCUGUCAGGGCUGCCACGGCACCAGGACCCGUUGCCUGGCGCGCGUGAUGUAUGUGCCUCCAAGACGCGCGUACUGUAUACGUGACGCCGCA